AUGGAGUGUUACUACCGACUCUUUCCAAAUGGAUUCUGGUCCGAGUUUAAAGCUCUUGUCCUGCUCGCCAUCCCUAUUAUGUUGACAUGCCUCGCAGAGGAUAUUUUGGCACCAAUAAGUCUCAUAUUUUGUGGAAGGCUGGGCAAAUCCGAGUUGGCGUCUGCUGGGUUAGCAGUUUCCAUUUUUCACGUGGCUGGAUUCUCUAUUAUUAUGGGCCUCUUAACGGCUGCCCUCUCCAUCAUCUUCCUCUGCUGUUUGCCCUGUGUCGCUAUUUACUUCUGCAUGGAACCUCUGCUUCUUGCAACCGGACAGCCACCACACAUUGCUAAAGGAUCUUCCAUCUCCCAAUCACUGGGCUUCUUGACGCAGGCUCUGAGCUUACUGGUCUAUAUAAUUUGUUCAAAUAUGUAUCGCAAAACGUGGAACGGUAUAUUAGGCGAGAAGGACCUCGCGGUUCAGACAAUACUAAACAAUGUGGAAUCUGUCGUCUAUGUCCUGUUUCCGCUGGGAUUUGCAAUAGCAACGACUAUACGCAUUGGUCAGUUCCUUGGAGCAAACGACAAUGUGACGCCUCGUUCAGCAGCCUGUGUUGGCUUCAUAGUCGUGCUGGCAGCCGAUACGAUUACUGUCGUACUACUCACUGCCCUGCGAGGCGAGAUUCCCAAAAUGUUCUCCAGUGAUCCUGGAGUUAUCGAAAUGGCUAAGGAUUAUUUUCCGUCAAUGAUAACGUUCCAGUUCGUUGAUGCCAUUAACGGCAUCAACAUGGGAAUUGUUCGCGGAGUUGGUAAGCAGAAGAUUGGUGCUGUGGUUUGCUGUUUCUGCAUGUACCUCAUCGGUGGACCUGCUGGGCUAUGUUUUAUGUUUCUGACGAAACUUGGAGUCAGCGGAUUUUGGUGGGGCCUUUCAAUCGGUGCCUUCGCUCAGGCUGUCGCAUACAGCGUCAUCUGUGUGCGCAUUGAUUGGACCAAAGAAUGUGGGAGGGCAGCUAAACGGACCAUCAUACAUUUCGUCGGCAGUACUAAUGCGAUUGAAAUAGAAAACAUCGAUUCAGCGCCAGAGUAUGGUUCUCGAGAUGGUGAGUGUGCAUUUUAG